GGCGUCCGCGUCGCUCCCGCGCUGGGGCACUCGACCGGCCUCCUCUGUGGGCCGCGGGUAAAGAGCCGGCGGCAAAGGGCCGCCCGCCGCGCGGCGUGGGCUGUGGCGUCGCGGUCGUUUGAACGACGCCGGUAGUCGCUGUGUACGACCGCGGGCUCUGCGACUGCCUGGCGGGUCUCGGUAACGCCCGACCCCCCCAUUCUCCUGCCCCGGCGCUGCAGCAGCGACCCUGAGCGGACCGCCCGAGCGACCGGCCAUGGCGGCGUCCACGGCCUCGCACCGGCCCAUCAAGGGAAUCUUGAAGAACAAGACCUUGGCGGCCCCCCCGGUGGUGGCCUCAGCCCAACAGCCCGGCCCGAACGUCGACGAGGAGCUAAGUAAAAAAUCUCAGAAGUGGGAUGAAAUGAACAUCCUGGCAACUUAUCACCCAGCAGACAAAGACUAUGGUUUAAUGAAAAUAGAUGAACCAAGCACUCCUUACCAUAGUAUGAUAGGUGAUGAUGAAGAUGCAUAUAGUGAUUCAGAAACCAAUGAAGCCGUGACUCCAGAUGUCUUAGCUAAGAAAUUAGCUGCUGCUGAAGGUUCAGAGCCAAAGUAUCGGAUUCAGGAACAAGAAAGCAGUGAAGAAGAAGAUAAUGACCUCUCACCUGAAGAGCAAGGUAAAAAAAAGCGACAAUUUGAAAUGAAAAGGAAGCUCCACUACAAUGAAGGACUGAAUAUCAAAUUAGCUAGACAGUUAAUUUCAAAAGACCUACAUGAUGAUGAGGACGAUGAAGAAAUGUCAGAGACAGAUGGAGAAUGCAUGAAUAUCGAAGACUCAAAUCAAGGAUCUACUACAAGUGACCAACGACAAAACAAAUCACAAGAUUCAUAGAAGACAUGUAUCCAGCAUUGCAGUUGUUUGUCAAAUACAAAUCCUGUUACUAUAAUACAUUGCUUCUUGUUCUCCACAAUUCAUGACUCAAGUACCAAAAUACAUUACCAGUUAUGUAUUGCCAAGAAUUAAAUGGUAACCUUUGAGGCUGGUUAGAUGAAAAUGUCUAAUGCAUAGAUUCUUGUGCGUACUUCACCAAGACUUUAGUGUAACAUCUUUAGUCCAAACUGCUUUACUUUUGUAAGAACACUGGUUAAUUUGUAUAAGAUAUUAUAUAGCUUUUUAUGCUUUAAAGGUUAAAAAGUGUCUUUGGGGGAGGGAAGGGGACUAAGUUAUUUUCAUCAUCUUCUAGAUGUGUGAUACCUCUUAUAAAAACUUUGUAGAAGUUGUUUCUUUUUAAUUUUUUAAAUCAAAACCCCAAUUUGAACACAGGAUGUAUAGUUGGAUAAAUAUUCAGGCUGAAAGGUUAUUUUAACACUUAACCUUCAGUUUGAUUUGUCUAAUUGAGAAGGAUCAUAAGUGUUACUCAUGCAUUUUUCUGGCCUGAUACCUUUAAAAUUCCUAUAGAGUUUUUUAUGUGGGUGUUUAUAAGGAAAAGAUUGAAAAAUUUCUCAUCAAAACUAUCCGUUUUAUUUCCACAAAUAAAUAAUCAAGUCAAACUUGUGCUAAUGUCUGCUCUGAUGGCCUAUUUUGGUAUUUGGGGCAGACUUCAGAUCAGAACGUUUUUUUAAAAAAUAAAUAUAAUUUAGCUUUUGUUCACAACAUUUCUUUUAUAUGUCUGUCUUAACCUUGUGCUUUUGUUCCCUAUUCCUUUCUACAUAGAAUUAGAAAGAUUAUGUUAAAGAGUGGCAAAGAUUGUUAUUACCAUUAUGAACUCUUGAUUUCUCCCACAGAUUCUCUCAUUUGCUGCAAUAAUGAAAUUCUUAUUUUGACCAUCAAUAUCUACUGGUCCUAAAGAAGAAGAUAGAGUAGUUAUAGUACUAUAGACAGGAAAUACAAUUCAGUCGCUCAGUUUCUACACCUGUCUGUUUGAUUUACAGCUUGAUACUGAAAUUGCUCUUAGUAGUUCAUUUGACUUAAUUAGAUAUCAGAAGACAAUUAACAGAGACUUUUGCAUGAUAAGACAAUUGUAUGUAACCAAUGAUGGAUUAUUUCUGAAUGUAGACAGAAUUAAACCUGCAUUUUUUUCAUUUUUUUAUUUAAAUAUUUUAAACAGCCCCUGUCUAAGGGAGUAUGAUAAUGUAUACUAUGACAAAUGUACUUUAUUCUUCUAACACAGUAAGAAUUGUUUAGAUUUUGUUUCCCUGAAAUAUAGUGAAGUUCCUGUGUCUUGGUUUAGUGAUGGUUUUAUUUAACUUAUUUGUAACUGAAUUUUUUGUUAGUACCAAAAGAAUUCAUAAUAUGAUCAGACUUAAAAUAAUUCCUGUGUAUUAUAUAUAUAUAUAUGAAAUGGCAUUUAUUGAAAAACUUACCUUCCACAUCAAGUUUAUGGAAUGUCAAAAUUAAUAAACAGUGGGAGGACUCUUUGCUGUUA